AUGCGUUCAGAGAGCUCAACUAGCACGUCCACCUCCCCAGAGAAAAGUUUCACUGAUGUCCUGGGCUCUAUAGACAAGAAGCUAACCAGCUUAGAUGCCCGGCUGGCCCUGGUGGAGGUUCUGCAUAAGGAGUUUCAAGCACUGAGGGAGUCUCUGGAGUUCAGCCAAGCUCAGGUGGCAUCGCUCGCUGCAGAGAACCAAACUCUGAGGGGGAUCCCAGAACGAGCAGAGGAGGACGCUGAAGUUACGAUCCGUGAGUUUAUCCAACAUAAGCUGAAACUCCCAAGUGAGACGGUAAAAAAGAUCACUUUCCAUCGCGUUCACCGGCUCGGAGGCAUGGAAGAAGCUCACUGUGAUCGCACAGAGUUCCUCAGUAACUAUUUGACUAGUGUUGAUGACAUCAUCCUCAUUCCUGGAUCUCUUGGCAGAAUACGCUCCAGAUAUCCCAACAACCCAAAAUAUGAGUCCAAAGCUGUUGUUGCAAAUCUAACAUGUAAGAAAGCAGACCAGCACUUUAAGCCAUACUUGAAACAGCACCUGCCCAAGAGACUGCACUAUGCCAACAACCGACGCAUUGAAGACAUUCAUCUGCUGGUGGAGAGGAAGUGGCAUGUUGCCAGGAGAGUUCCUGAGGGUAGGAGGCACUGUGGCUUCUCAGGGGACCACGGGUACGACAAUAAGAUCAACAGUAUGCAGACUAUUUUCUUGGGCUAUGGACCUACAUUUAAAUUCAAGACUAAAGUUCCAGCAUUUGAAAAUAUUGAGCUUUAUAAUGUCAUGUGUGAUUUGCUGGGUCUCAAACCGGUCCCCAACAAUGGAACCCAUGGCAGUUUGAACCACCUGCUGAGAAGCCCGCCCUUCCGACCCACCAUGCCAGAGGAAGUUUCCAGGCCAACAGCCUCUAACCUUGUUCCUGUGGUAACAAAUGACUUGGGAUGUAUCUGUGAUGAAAAGAACAAAGUGGAGGAGCUAAACCAGCGAUUGAGGCAAGCAAAUGAUGACAGCAGGAAUCUACCGUUUGGUCGACCUGCUGUUCUUUAUCCUACCAAAUACACCAUCCUGCACCACAGUGACUACAUCAGUGGCUACAGUGAAGCUCUCUCCAUGCCCCUCUGGACAUCAUACACUGUCAGCAGACAGGUAGAGGUGUCUUCUCUGCCAGAAUUUCUGUCCACCUGUGUGAGACCAGAUGCCAGGGUUCCUCCAGCCUUCAGCCAGUCUUGUACCAACUACAGAGCAGAGAGGCACAUCACGUAUGGCUUUUUGUAUCCACCACAACUUUCAGCAAACUUGGACAAAAAAUAUGAAGCAGUCCUCAUUACAAACACUGUGCCCAUGUAUCCUGCAUUUAAGAGAAUAUGGGGUUACUUCCAGAAAACUUUGGUGAAGAAAUUUGCCACUGAAAGAAAUGGACUGAACGUCCUUGUUGGACCAAUAUUUGACUAUGACUAUGAUGGAGUGAGGGACUCAACUGAGAAGAUCAAAGAGUACAUGACUGGAACAAUCCUCAUCCCUUCACACUACUUUGUGGUCCUGACCAGCUGUUUGGACUUCACCCAGGCUGCAGACUCGUGCAGCAAACCGCUUAACAGCGCCGCUUUUAUCCUGCCACACAGACCUAACAAUGAUGAGACCUGCAACAGCUCAGAGGACGAGUCCCGCUGGGUGGAGGACCUGAUGAGGAUGCACACGGCUCGGGUCAGAGAUGUGGAGAUCCUGACAGGUCUGGACCUGUACCGCAGAACCACCCGGAGCCACGCUGAAAUACUCUCUUUAAAGACAUACAUGCACACUUAUGAGAGUGAGAUCUGAC